UCAUAUUCAUAUUUAAAUAAAAUACGGUAUUUCAAGUAAAACAAUAAAAAAUCAUAUUUAAAUAUAACAUUUAACUUGAAUAUCUAACUAUUUAUAAAUGAAUACAACAAAUAACAUCAAUUUAACUUUUAAAUUCGCAAAGUUAUAAUAAAUUAAAUGUUAUUAAUUAAAUUCUCUAGAACAAUGUCAUUAUGUUUAGACACCGUAAUUUCAUCGUGCCUACUAUAUCAAUGAUGUUCACACCAGUUUCAUAAGCAUUACGAUUUCAAUCAAAGUUCACUCAACCGCCAUUUCAAACCAUGCUUCUAGUUCUACCAUUUAGGGCUUCUUUGGGACCAUGUCCUCCGGUGAAAUCGUGCCUUUGGAUAGCGAGUUUAGACAGCCAGUUUUCAAAGGAAACGCAAACGCCAUCUGUCCAGGCGAUUCUAUCCACAGGAAAAUUGGUGGCCGGUGAACGCCGAAGUACGCCACAGAACUAUAAAGUCCACUCCUUUAAACCUCUUAAAACCCUCUGCCGGUCUGCCCUUUCUCACCGUUCCGAUAGCGGGCGGCGAGAGGAGACUAGAGCCAUCCACCUUCCAAAAGGUUGCUACUUUGCCCACGAAGGUGUAGUACGACCAAUUGCUCGCACCAUCCAAUAUGGCUUGCAGGGUUGCCGCUCCAGAUUCUGUCUUCCUCUUUGUGGGAGCCAAUCAGAGACCAAUCAAGACCCAAAAGUUUGCAGCUCAAUGCUCCACAGGCUUCAAUGGCUGUGCAUGGGACCCUCUAAUCCGCCAGGGAGCAAAACAAAAUAGGCUUCUAGUUCACUCGAGAAGGUCUAGAACUGUACAAGCUGUGGCUUUUCCUGUUGUAUCAUCGUCAGCUGAUGGUGCGGAGUACAGGAAACAGUUGGCCGAAAGCUAUGGCUUCAGGAAAAUCGGAGAAGACCUUCCAGACGAUGUUACACUAAAGCAGAUCGUCGAUACACUACCAAAAGAGGUGUUUGAGAUUGAUGAUGCUAAAGCAUGGAAAUCAGUUUUAACAUCAGCAGCUUCAUAUGCUUUGGGGCUCUUAAUGAUUUCAAAGGCUCCUUGGUUCCUACUUCCCUUCGCUUGGGCAUGGACCGGGACUGCAGUAACUGGGUUCUUUGUCAUAGGUCAUGAUUGUGCUCACAAGUCAUUUUCAAAGAACAAAUUAGUGGAAGAUAUUGUAGGAACUCUAGCCUUUCUACCAUUGAUAUAUCCUUAUGAACCAUGGAGAUUCAAGCAUGAAAGGCAUCAUGCAAAGACAAACAUGUUAGUUGAAGAUACAGCUUGGCAGCCUGUUGACAAAGAAGAGUUCGAUUCAUCCCCUUUCCUUCGGAAGGCGAUCGUAUAUGGAUACGGUCCGUUCAGGCCUUGGCUGUCUAUAGCUCAUUGGUGGCGCUGCCAUUUCUCUCUGAAGAAAUUCAGACCGAACGAAGUGCAAAGGGUGAAGAUAAGUUUAGCAUGUGUGUUUGCAUUCAUGGGGAUUGGUUGGCCCUUGAUUAUCUACAAAGCUGGGGUUGUGGGAUGGAUUAAGUACUGGCUAAUGCCAUGGUUGGGGUAUCACUUCUGGAUGAGCACUUUCACAAUGGUGCAUCACACCGCCCCCCACAUUCCCUUCAAAACUUCAGAAGAGUGGAAUGCAGCAAAGGCUCAGCUUAAUGGAACCGUUCAUUGCGAUUACCCCCACUGGAUUGAGAUCCUCUGCCAUAACAUCAACGUCCACAUCCCUCAUCACAUUUCGUCACGAAUUCCAAGCUAUAAUCUCCCUGCAGCUCAUCGAUCCAUCCAACAAAACUGGGGCAAGUACUUGAACGAAGCUACAUGGAACUGGCGGCUGAUGAGAACCAUAAUGACGGUGUGCCAUGUCUACGACAAGGAGCAAAACUACGUCGCCUUCGACCAGCUCGCCCCUGAAGACUCUCAGCCGGUAGCAUUCCUCAAAAGAGUGAUGCCUGAUUAUGCUUGAUUUGCUUAGUUUUCUUUCCCCUCUGUUAUAAAGCCAUUCUUCUUGUCCUAGAUCUCAUGUUAAGGUAAAGGAUGCUACAUCCCAAUUCUUUGAAUGCUAGAAAAAGGCAGCUCCCACCAGGAUAUUACCUGUAAACACACGAUUCUGAUACAUUUGGAGCAUUAUCCAGUUUGAUACAGGACUAGACAGUUGGACCGAUCAAACCAUAUAUUACUGACCAAAUCGGUAUAUGAUACUAUCAGGAUACUGUCACUGCGGUUGAUAAAUGAUGACCAAAGGACAACAUAAGCAUCAUAGAUUAAUGUUUUGUUCAGCAGUAUACUGAAAAUGAUUUAUCGGUUAGUAUCAAAAGCGUUAUUAAUUUUGACUCAUACAAGUUCUUGAUCUCACAAAUGUCUCCGGCCGGUGCAACUAGUAUUUGCAAAACAAAAUUAAUGCGAAAUGUCUUCUCUCGUUCCCAGGUUCAAGCAUUCUACCGCGAGUCUACUACAGCAAUGGCGGCUCAAGCAAGUGGAUCAUCUCAUGGGUAGCAGUCGCAGGGUGGCCUAUGCUUACUUCCAGGCUUCAACCUCUUCCCUCUUGGCUUCAUCAGUCUUCUCCACAUUGUGUGGUUAAUUUAUAGUUGACAGCAAGUUGAACGCCUCCAUGAUCAACUCCAUCGUCCUGAACUCCUGAUCGCUGCUGCCAAUCCAUGUCGAGCAUUGCCCUGACUCGUACUCCAACAGGUAGUCAAUCUGUGUAUUGCAUUCCCAGGUACCUUAGAAGGCACCAUAUGUGGGGAGUUCUACGGUACCCAAAGUGGUACCAUCACAGAUUUCUGCGAUUAAUCCGAAAUGCCAUUUUCUUUCGAUUCUGGAAGGCUACAGAUCACGAAAUCAGGCCGAGGCUAAUCUCCAUCGAUAAUGAAGUAUAUUGAUCCUAUUCUCCACGGAUGAUAAGUCCGUUAAGCAUCGAUUUGAGCCAGUUUAUUUUCGGAUGGCAUUUUCGUAAUUUCUUGGGCGACGGAAGGCCAUUUUCUUUGGAUAUUGAAGUCUACAGAUCACGGAUUCGGCCUGAGCCUAUUAUCCAACGAUGAUUGAGUCCAUUAAGCACCGAUUUGGGCGGAUUUAUUCCGGGUCAAUUUUUGGCAUUUUCCAAAGGGGUAGCAUCACAGAUUUCGGGCGAUUUAUUUGAAAGGCCAUUUUCUUUCGAUUCUGGAAGGCUACAGAUCACGAUAUCAGGCCGAGGCUAUUCUCUACCGAUAAUGAAGUAUAUUGAUCCUAUUCUCCACGGAUGAUAAAUCCGUUAAGCAUCGAUUUUAGCCAGUUUAUUUUCGGAUGACAUUUUCGUAAUUUCUUGGUCGACGGAAGGCCAUUUUCUUUGGAUAUUGAAGUCUACAGAUCACGGAUUCGGACUGAGGCUAUUAUCCAACGAUGAUUGAGUCCAUUAAGCACCGAUUUGGGCGGAUUUAUUCAGGGUUAAUUUUUGGCAGAUUCCAAAGGGGUACCAUCACAGAUUUCGGGCGAUUUAUCUGAAAUGCCUUUUUCUUUCGAUUCUGGAGACUACAGAUCACAAAAUCAGGCCGAGGCUAUUCUCCACUGAUACUGAAGUGUAUUGAUCCUAUUCUCCACGGAUGAUAAGUCCGUUAAGCAUCGAUUUGGGCCAAUUUCUUUUCGGAUGGCAUUUUCAUAAGUUCUUGGGCGACGAAAGGUCAUUUUCUUUGGAUAUAGAAGGCCACAGAUCACAAAUUCGGCCUGAAGCUAUUCUCCAACGAUGAUUGAGUCCAUUAAGCACCGAUUUGGGGGGAUUAAUUCCGGGUCAAUUUUUGGCAGAUUCCAAAGGGGUACCAUCACAUUUUUGGGGCGAUUUAUCCGAAAUGUCAUUUUCUUUCGAUUCUGGAGGCUACAGAUCACGGAAUCAGGCUGAGGCUAUUCUCCACCGAUAAUGAAGUGUAUUGAUCCUAUUCUCCACGGAUGAUAAGUCCGUUAAGCAAUGAUUUGGGCCAAUUUAUUUUCGGAUGACAUUUUCGUAAUUUCUUGGGCGACGAAAGGCCAUUUUCUUUGGAUAUUGAAGGCUACAAAUCAUGGAUUCGGCCUGAGGUUAUUCUCCAACGAUGAUUGAGUCCAUUAAACACCGAUUUAGGCGGAUUUAUUCCGGGUCAAUUUUUGGCAGAUUCCAAAGGGGUAUCAUCACAGAUUUCGGGCGAUUUAUCCGAAAUGCAAUUAUCUUUCGAUUCUGGAGGCUGCAGAUCACGGAAUCAGGCCGAGGCUAUUCUCCACCGAUAAUGAAGUCUAUUGAUCCUA